CGAAUCCCUCGCCACUCACUCUCUCUCUCUCUCUAAAUUGAAUUCUCCCUCUUUCUCUCUCUAAAUAAAUGCUCCCUCUUUACUGCGAUUUAACGGUGGGAGCUCCUUAGCUGUCUGCUCGGAUCUCUUCCUGUUUUACUAGCCAAUGUAAUCCAUUUGCAGGUGAAGCAGAGAGAAGAAGAAGAAAUGGGGUUUGUGAGUGCGGUUCUAGGGUUGUUUGGAUUUGGAGUGGGUAUCUCUGUGGGACUAGUUAUUGGCUAUUAUCUCUUCAUCUACUUUCAACCCACAGAUGUCAAGGAUCCUAAAAUUCGUCCUCUUGUUGAACAAGACUCAAAAUCUUUGCAACGCAUGCUUCCUGAAAUUCCCAUGUGGGUGAAGUGUCCAGACUUUGAUCGAGUCGAUUGGCUCAACAAAUUUUUGGAGAACAUGUGGCCUUACCUAGACAAGGCAAUAUGCAAGACUGCAAAGGACAUAGCAAAGCCAAUCAUUGCAGAGCAAAUUCCAAAGUAUAAAAUCGAAUCAGUUGAAUUUGAAGCUCUUACAUUGGGAACCCUGCCGCCUACUUUUCAAGGAAUGAAAGUAUAUCAAACUGAUGAAAAGGAGUUGAUUAUGGAGCCAUCCUUCAAAUGGGCUGGAAAUCCAAAUGUUAUCGUGGCUGUCAAAGCAUUCGGAUUGAAAGCAACUGUACAGGUGGUAGACUUGCAAGUUUUUGCUCUUCCACGUAUCACACUGAAGCCUCUAGUGCCAAGUUUUCCUUGCUUUGCAAAGAUUGUGGUGUCCCUGAUGGAGAAGCCUCAUGUGGAUUUUGGACUAAAAAUUCUUGGAGCAGACAUCAUGUCAAUUCCUGGAUUAUACAGAUUAGUUCAGGAAAUUAUUAAAGAACAGGUAGCAAAUAUGUAUCUAUGGCCCAAAUCACUGGAAGUACAGAUUUUGGAUCCUGUAAAAGCCAUGAGGAGGCCUGUUGGUAUUCUCCAUGUUAAAGUUGUUAGGGCAUCAAAUUUAAGGAAGAAGGACUUAAUGGGUAAAUCAGACCCGUAUCUGAAAUUAAAGCUUACUGAUGACAAAGCGCCAUCAAAGAAGACAACCGUUAAGCACAGUAACUUGAAUCCUGAAUGGAACGAGGAAUUCAAUAUGACUGUAAAAGACCCUGAAUCUCAAUCCCUUGAAGUUACGGUCUAUGAUUGGGAGCAGAUUGGAAAGCAUGAUCGGAUGGGUAUGAAUGUUGUUCCUCUGAAAGAGCUUACCCCAAAUGAGCCCAAAACCUUGACCCUCGACUUGUGGAAGACUAUGGAUGCAAAUGAUCCCCAAAAUGAGAAAUCACGCGGACAGAUCACUUUGGAACUGACUUAUAAGCCUUUUAAGGAAGAGGAACUGGCAAGUGAGGUUACUGAAGAUGUAACUGUCCAAAAUGCUCCUGAAGGUACUCCUGCUGGUGGAGGAGAGCUUGUUAUUAUAGUCCAUGGAGCUGAAGAUCUUGAAGGAAAGCACCACACAAAUCCCUAUGCACGGAUUCUUUUCAGGGGAGAGGAGAGAAAAACUAAGCAUUUAAAGAAAAACAGAGAUCCAAGAUGGGAAGAGGAGUUCAAAUUCAGGCUAGAAGAGCCACCUGUCAAUGAUCGACUCCAUGUAGAGGUUAUCAGUAAGCCCUCUACUAUUGGAAUCCAUUCGAAGGAGACUCUCGGUUAUAUCGAUAUCAAUCUAGCUGAUGUUAUAAGCAACAAAAGGAUCAAUGAGAAAUAUCAUCUCAUAGACUCAAAAAAUGGAAAAAUUCACAUUGAACUGCAGUGGAGAACUGUACAACAAAAAUAAAAACUGUAAUUUAGCUUUAGUGUUUGGUGUAUUGUACUUGCAAACUUUCUUGUUGGUAGCUGAACUUCAUUGGCAUAAGAAUUUACAAGUUUUGUGUGCCGUUUGCAGAUUGAAAUAAGGCAGGUCAUUUAAUGUAAAUAACCUUCAGGAUUCCAUUUGGAUAUGAUUUGUUUAUUACUUGCUUGCAGAUUUA